AAGAAAAGGUGAGCCGGUGUAGCAGAGGUUCACACACGCGUCUCUGGUGUUUCACCAACUUGUACUGGGAACUCGGCAGUGGUUGUUGAAUAAGUACAAGAGGAAAAUAAACUAUAAACAAUACCAGCUAAACUAACUUUUCUCAAGAAACAUAAUGGGCAACACCAAAUCCACCUACUAUGGUUUUUUUAAAGAAAAUGAAGCAGAAGAACUUGGUUCACUUUACAGUGAAAUGGGGUUUGAAGCAGUUGUUUCCAAGAUUAAAGAAAAGAAUGAAGCUCUGGAAAAAGAAACCCUGAGUAUUGCAGUGACUGGAGAGUCUGGUACCGGCAAAUCUGCCUUAGUCAAUGCCAUGAGGGGUCUCAAUCCGGGUGAACCAGGAGCUGCUGAAGAGGGUACUACGGAGCAAACCAUGAAGGUAACACGUUAUAAACACCCCAAACUUGAAACUGUUUGUUUUUAUGACCUCCCAGGCAUUGGUACACUCAAUUUUCCAGCCAGGGAUUAUGCAAAGAUGGUCAAUCUCAACACAUAUGACCUUUUCAUAAUUGUAAUAGGUAACAGGUUCUUGGAGCAUGAUGCAUUACUAAUAAGAGAAAUACAGAAAAUGAAGAAGCAGUUCUACUUUGUGCGCAGCAAAAUUGACUUUGAAUUCAAUAAUCUAAAACACCAGAACCGGGAAAAUGACUGGCAGAAAGAGUUUGACAAAAUCAGAGAUGACUGCAUCAGAAACCUGAAUAAGAGUGGUUUCUCUUCACAAGAGGUCUUCCUGGUGUCCAGUCGCUUUAUAAAAGAUUUUGAUUUUCCCAGAUUCUGUGAUAUUUUAGAAUCUCAGCUUAGCGAGAACAAGAGGUACAUAUUUCAGCUAUCCCUUCCAAAUUUCAGUGCAGAUGUGGUUAGGAAAAAAAAGGCCAUCCUACACCGAAAAAUUCUGGCAGCUGCUGCGGCCUCGUUUGUAGCAGGUGCAUCUCCUAUUCCUGGAGUGUCCAUAGCUUGUGAUAUCGCCAUUUUAGUAAAAACGUUUCUGGAAAUACGGAAGAGCUUUGGCCUGGAUGAUGACUCCCUUGGAAGCCUUGCAUUGAAAGUUGGGAAACCUGUAGAAGUUCUCAAAGCAGAAGUCAAGAAUCCUUUUAUCUCCGAUAUCACUGAGACUUCUGUCAUAAGAGUCAUUGCUGGUUCAACUGCUGCUGUUGCUGUUAUGGCUGCUGAAGAAGCAGCUCACUUGAUCCCAAUUGUUGGAUCGGUUGUUGGGGCGCCUGUGUCUUUUCUAACUACCUACGGCAUCCUGAGAAAUUCACUUGAUAAAUUUGAACAAUCAGCAGUGAGGGUGAUUAUAAAGGCCUUCGAGGCUUGAUGAUAGUUUCAUUUUAAGAAUUUAGAUGUUUUAAACCUUUAAUUCCAUAUGUGAACCAGACCCUCAAUAAUUUAGAUUUUUUUAUGUGAUUUGAUAUACUUCAUUAAUCCCCAGGGGGAAACAGUCUGUG